CCAGGCACUUGGCGGCAGAGAUUUGGGCUGCAUCAAUGGACUAUCUAGAAUAGACGGCGACAUCGCUAGAUUUCCAACACCAAACACCACACGAUUGAUCUACGUACAUAUUCUGUCCCUACCGACCUACCAACCAACAUUCUCUUUCGUCCAUAACCAAAUAACAAUCAAAAUGGGUCGUCUCAAUCUCGAAGUGUUCAAGUUCGGCAUGUACGUCAUGUUCCCCAUCGGAGUUAUGUUCUACUUCGGCACGAACCUCGACAACCGCUUCACGGUCAACGACUUUUGGCCCAAGCCCGAGCAGACGAACAAGGUGCCGACCGACAGGGACGAGAUCCGCGCCGAGCUGGAGAGGCUUCGCACCCAACGUCUGCUCAACAGGGACAGGAGGCUAGCAGCCGAGGCCGCCGAGGCUAGGCUGAGACCCCAGGCUCCAGAAGAGUCACGGACGGAAUGAUGAACUGGGCGGGCGGGCUGUUGAAGUAUGAUUAUGGGAGUCAAUUGGGUAUUUUCGGCGUUAAAUGGGAUGUCAUCUCUGCUCGUGUAGGCCAACACUGUUUUGGCCAGGACGACUAAAGCAGGCGUUGUGAUAUUUAUUUCCUUUUAUGUUUUGGGGACAUCCGCUGUGAUAUUGAUCUCCACUCCGGGUAACAUGGAACCCUGAUCUAGGUUCUAUUAUACAAAAGUGUAACAUGAUGUACAGAUAGCGUGCGUUGUAAAAUACAGUUCCUCAGGUGUCCAGAUUCCUGUCCACAUCUGCCCAAUCUUCCUCUGCCUGUUUGCCUGGG